UUCCUUUCCCGGCUUUGGGGGUUUCGCUGUGAUUGUCUCCUUCGCUCGUGGCGCUUGGAGAUCGCGCGGUGGGAAGGAAGAAAAAGUGGUUCUCAGUACUUCCAGUCCUCCAAGCCCGGUUUCCAGAGGAAAGUUUCCCUACUUUUGCCAAGAUGUCCAACUUCUCCGGGAACUGGAAGAUCAUCCGUUCAGAAAACUUUGAGGACUUACUCAAGGCGUUGGGAGUGAAUAUGAUGCUGAGAAAGAUUGCUGUGGCAGCCGCUUCCAAGCCAGCGGUGGAGAUUAAACAGGAUGGAGAGAGUUUCUACAUCAAAACUUCUACCACCGUGAGGACCACUGAGAUAAACUUCAAAAUUGGGGAAGAGUUUGAAGAGCAGACGGUGGACGGAAGGCCCUGUAAGAGCUUAGUGAAAUGGGAAAGCCAGAACAAGAUGGUGUGUGAACAGAGACUCCUGAAAGGGGAGGGACCCAAGACCUCCUGGUCCCGGGAGCUGACCAACGACGGAGAAUUGAUCCUGACCAUGACGGCGGAUGAUGUGGUGUGCACCAGGGUCUACGUCAGGGAAUGAGUGCUGAGGAGAUGUCCUGAGAGAGUCUUCUGCUUCUCUCCUGUUCCGUGGCCUCCCAGUGAUCACUCAACGUCAGAGUCUUUUGUUUACCUUGUCACUGCUUCCUUCCAACUUUACCCAGCUAGUGCUCCGACCUGCUCCCUGCCCUGCCCUUCUUAUAUCUGGAAGCCAAUGUCCUGGACAUUUCCUAGAGCCCAGCUCUGUUUCCUCUACCCUUCCCUAUUUCACCUGACCUGUCCCAAACGAAUCCCUGACCACCCUGGCCGGAGAUGUUUGCUUCUUCCCCUCCUCUGUCUCUGAUUAAAAGACUCAGCCCAGGAGAGGUCCUCUCCAUUCUUGAGAGAUCCUAAAAGAGAUAGAGACAGACAGAGACAGUCAGAGAGAGAGAGAGAGAGAAACAACUCCCACCAACCCUGGUGGGAGUCUCUGCUUUAUCCCUGAGAUCUCUCCUUCUAAUCCCACAGCACUUCUUUCCUUCCCCGAAUCUGUGGCUGAUUCAGUUUGUAAUAUUUAUUUGUUAAUGUUAUUAAACCAUCUGAAAGUUAAAA